AUGUCUUCAAGUGUCCAGGAGAUUCAGGACGAUGCGGCGCUCCUGUCCGCGCUGGGCUACAAACAGGAGCUCAAACGCCAAUUCUCCUUUUUCUCAAUGGCCGCCAACGCGGUCAUUACCGCCAGUGCUUGGACUGCGAUGAUCGGAUCUAUCAUUACAUCGAUCUAUAAUGGUGGCGCAUCUGGUUUGCUGUAUGCAUGGAUCGUCGAUAACUUCUUCUUCCUCUUUGUUGCUCUCUCCAUGGCCGAGUUGACCUCGGCCAUGCCCACUUCCGCCGGCGUCUAUCACUGGUCUGCAGCCUUGGCCGGCCCGAGGUUCGCGAAGCCUAUCGGCUUCCUAACGGGAUACUUCAACGUCCUGGGAUAUACACUGGGACUUGCAUCGCUAUACUCGGUCGCCGGUCUGGAAAUCACCGGCCUGUAUCAACUGUGGCAUCCCGAUUAUAAUAGUCAGCCAUGGCAGGUAUUUGUCGUAUUCGUCGUGCUCACUUGGUCUGCGGCGUUGUUCGUUCAGUUCGGUAACAAGAUCCUGCCCUUGUAUACCAAAAUUGGCCUAUUCGUUAACGUGGGCGUGUGGUUCGUCGUCGUGAUUUGCAUCGCCGCUCUUCCCAAGACGCACUCCACCAACUCAUUCGUCUGGAAGGAGUAUACCAAUAUGACCGGCUGGCCCACAGGUGUGAGCUUCAUCCUGGGUCUCGUAGGACCAGCCUUUGCCAUUGGAACUAUUGACAGUUCCACACAUAUGGCAGAGGAGAUCCCGAACCCAUCGAAGAACAUUCCCAAGACCAUUCUAGUUCAAUGGGGCUUCAUCGUCUUGAUUGCCAUCUUCUACUCGGCUGGCUCUCUCGACGCCAUCUUGAACUCGGCACCAAACUAUCCCGUCGCUAGCAUCAUGGCCCAGUCUUUCGACAACACGAACGCAGCCUUUGGGUGUGGCUUGAUUAUUUUCAUCGCCUCCUUGACAGGUCAAGUCGGCUUCCAAAUCGUUGCCGUCAGAAGUGUCUGGGCCUUUGCGCGUGAUGGCGCGCUCCCAUUCUCCGACUUCUUCUCAAAGAUUGACGAGCGCAGUGUGAUGCCAGCCAGAGCUAACAUUUUGAUUGCUGUCGUCACCACCGCUUUGGGUGCCCUAUAUGUCGCGUCAGUAACCGCCUUCAACGCCCUCGUCGCAUCCUACGCAGUCAUGUCCACCACCUCCUUCGGCUUCGCAAUCGGCGUCCACCUCUUUACCGGUCGCAAGCGAGUCGCACCGGGAUGGUUCCACCUUGGCGAUGGAUUCCUCGGCUUCUUCAUCAACGGCGUUGCCAUUGUCUAUAUCCUGGUUUCCAACGUGUUCUUCUGUCUGCCGUAUAACCGGCCACCGGUAGACGCGAAGUCGAUGAACUAUACUUCUCUGGUCUCGUAUGGAAUGGCCAUUUUGGUCGUUAUCUGGUGGUUUAUUGGUGGCAAGAGGUCAUACAAAGGGCCGAAGUUGUCUGGAGAGACUCAAGAAGCUCUUGAGGGAAUGGGGAUGGCUCCAAGGGCGCAUGGAGAGCAACAUGUUGAACGAGGUUCCGUGCGGCUGACGGAAAAGGAGAAAUCCUGA